GAUUGCGCCAUUAACGAGCCAGAGAAAACGUGCCAUAUCUGUUUCGAAACCCUACCUUGUCGCCCCUCUCCGCUCCGCACCCGCCGCCACCCCCGGCACCCCGCGCGCGUCCCCUCCCGCCGCCGCCCGCACCUCCCACGGUGCCCCGCUCCGCACCCGCGCCGCCGCGCCCGCCACUGGCCGCGGCCGGGACGCCGUCCCCCCGCCCCUGCCCCGUCGCGGCCGGCGCCCUGCCUACACGGCUGCCGCCGCUGUCACGAACGGCGGUGCAGGCACGCUCAACUCAACUGGAGACGGCGUGGACGAGGCGUACCGUGUCGGCCAUGCGCGCGAUGUGCGCGAGCGCCCAGUCGAAGCCGUGCUUGGAGUUCAGGCCGAAGUCGACGGCGACGAGGAGGUCCCUGCCGCGGGCCGCGGCGCCGCUCCCCGGUCUCCCACUCGAGCUCCGCCGACGCGUCUGGGGCCACGGGGACAAGGCGCGGAAGCACCACGCCACCACCUCCCUCCAGCUGUACUCCUCCACCGUCUCCAUCGAUCGCUCCAGCGCUCCGCGGCAAUGGUUCCGCGGCGACGCUUUUCCCUCACGGGGACUGCGGUGGUUGUGGUUUCUGCAAGGGCGGCGGUGCGGAGUUCCGUAUAGAGGUAUCCAAUGGAGCAAGCAAGAAGACCAGUUGGGGAAGGAGAUGCGACUCGUCAGUCUAAAAGAAUUCAGCAUCAGAACAAGCUAUUGCCUAAUGGCAUCGGUGUCACUGUCAGCAGGGCACCAGCCACCGCAGCCUGAUCGCAUCAGAGACUGCGUCUGCGUGUACAGGUGGUACGAUCUCCUUCUAGAAGGACAAAGGUUGUGUUCAGCUUCUGCAUACAGAUUGAGAUAUAUAAACUUGUUUCAUGUUGUUCGGUUACUAGAUAGCUGCCAGUAUUUUGUUGUUUUUAGAUGACAGGGGAUUUGUCCAAUUGAAAAUUGGUGAUAGCAUGGGUGCCACCGGAUUAUGAACAUCAGCUUGAAAUUGUUUCAUGAUAGUUCAUAUUGGUUGCUGUGUGAUUAAUGGAUCCCGAGUAAUUGUUACAAUAAAAACAAGAGUAGUGACUAAUCUGAAUGUUUGGUAACACCACUGAAACUGCAAUGCCCUUGCUUGCAUGUUUAGCAGGCAUUUAUGACCGGUGGACAAGAGCGAUGGUUCGGAGGGUCUUAAAUUCAUCUUGAAACCUGAUUCAAACAACUGAAGAGGUUGCAAGAGCGUUUAUCGUCGCUGCUUCGGCUGCCACUGCGCAGUCUACAUGCAUGUCUAUCGUGUAUUCAUCCAAAUUAAGAUGAGAGUGGCAGCCCAAUGCAGAAGCUUCAGCCACAAUUCUCGAAAAUCAUGAAGGGGUUCUCAUCCUCAGCAGACCUGUCAGGACCUUACAAUCUAAAAGUCCUCACAGCUCAAAAGCGGCAAUGAUCGAGGCUCUAGCUGAAGUCGUUGGUCUGCAUGUCACUCUACAUGUCUACCCAUGCAUAAUGCAUCCCUUAUCUAUUUAUUGUUUUACAUAUACUAUGCAAAACAACUAAGGUUAUUAGUCAGCUAGAGCUGUUUUACUUGCUUGCUUGAUUGAUGUGAAGUCCUGCUAUUUUAUUUACUAGGAAGAAGUGAAACAUGACUAAAGUGGACACUGUUUUGAAAUUAUUUAUUUAAAUGAUCUGGGAAUUUAAAUGUGCUUAUUCUGUUAUGUUACCAUAUUGCUUAAACUUUGCAAUUGAUGAUAAUGAUGCUAUUCUGUUCGUAGGAGCAUUCAUGAAUGCUUGUUCCAUAAGUUUUAUUCACACUGCAGCAAAGGUUUAUUUAGUGAAUAUUAAAUCAUUUUUAAGUAGUACGGAGUUAAUUAUUUCUCAGAGCUAGCCUGGUGAGAACUCACAAAGCUUUCAAAAAGGAAUCCAUGUGUGCUUGAUUCAGUUACUCACUGCCAGUUUACAUUGUUUACAUUCUGGUGAGUCACUGCAAGCAAUAUAUAUGAUCCAUUCAGAUACUCAAUUCUGGUGAGUCACUGCAAGCAGUAUGAUCCAUUCAGAUAUAGUUUACAUUGUUUUCAUCAGAAUUGAAUUAACAGAGCACAAAAAGGCUCUUGUUGCUUAAAUAUCUUAAUAACAUGCAAAUCAUGUCUUAACUGUUUCAUGCCCAAAUCAUAGUAACCUCUAAUCUCUUUCCAUCUUAUACUCUUGUAUAUUGGUCAAAGCGAUCAAAGGCAGUGAUACAUAGGUACAUUUAUGUGAGGAAUAAUUAAAACCUAAUUUGAUUAGCCAUAGAUGAAAUUACUGGUUUGCAUAUAUGCCUUAUUGCUACUACAUGACUAUCUGACUGGUGUUUGGCUUAGUUCUCCACAAGGUUUGAAGAAGCACAUCACAAUCAAAUGUUUUGGAGGAGCUACAGUAAGCUAUUCUCUAUUGAUCAAAUAUUUUGGCUCCAUGUUGUAGUUAAACUAUAUUGAUUAUUGCAUAGUUUACUUAUUCAUGUCACAGAUUAGAAUACAAUGCUGUUUCUAAGUCUUUUGCCUAUAGAUUUCAAAGUCUGGUGCAGGAGAACUUCACUCUCUUAUAUUAUAGGCAUACACUUUGGAUUGAUCUGGACGACGUGGGAGGUGUCUGUGAACCAUCCUGUUUGCAUGAGUUCCUUCUCCCAGCUCUCUACCAAAAUUCUCCAUUUGGGAAUAUUAGUUUGCAGGGAAAAGUGUUUUGUAUUUCCAGUAGUUUAUUUGCACAUCAGUACUUAAAGUAACCUAAUAAUUGUGUCUUUUGUGAACUAGAGAGAAGUAUUAAUCAACAUUGCGUGUGAAUCUUCAGAAUUAUCUCCAUUUACAUUUCUUUGAAUUGAACUGAUAUGGCAUGAAGAAGAUUGCAAUCACUUGCAAAAAUACAUAUGAUCAAUUGAAAUUCUUUUCUAACGCUGACACAAGCCAUGUGCUUAUAAAGCUUAAAAGAUGUCAGUUUUAUUGCUUAACAUGUCGGUGUGCUUGUUUUUGUUUUUACUGUUUCCUAUCUUUAAUCCACUGGUAAUGAUUGGAAUCUCUUGCAUUGCAGACACGACCGUCAAGAGACCGGCACGCCCUCGGCACCUGUAUGAGAGACCAGCAAGAGCACCUGCAGACAGGUGCAUGUGCUUGCUGGCUGGUACAUGCUCAACAAUGUGCCUCUGGGGUCGAUGGAGAAGGUGCAGAUAGUGAGAGCAUUAGUGUCGGCAGCAAGAUGGUAGAAUGCGGCAAGUUAAACAAAUUUAGGAGAAUCUAACCGAGAAUUUCAGAGCCAACAAAAGGUUAGUAGAGUGACCAAACUACAGCCGAGGUUGUUAGUGGCCUUUUAUUGGGGAAUUCUUAACUAUUUUGGGGGAGUGAUGGUUCUCUUUUUAACUUGUUAUUCUGAACAAGUGUCCAUGGAAUGCACUUGCUGUAAGCAGAUACUGAAACAAUUCGAUUCGCAUUGCUUGAAUGCACUUGCUUUCUUUUAAA